AAUUCACAUAAAUUCCCGAUGAUUCUGCGCGGCUGCGCAUUUAAUAAUCGUAUAGAUAAGCGAAUCAACAUUUUUGAUUAAAUUAAUCGUGUGUAAAAUACAAAAUAUUAACAGUGUAUAAAAUACAAAAAAAAAUGAUAAAAAACCAUUUAAUUCUCUUCUGCGUCUGUUUCGCCAUAAAGCUCGUUAUUGUUUCUAGUGAGGACAUAGAUUGGACUACCGUACAUGAUGAAUUAAGAAAAUUAGCUGGAGGUUUGCGAAAAAAAUGCACUGCUGAAACUGGAACCACAAUUGAAACACUAGAUGCGGUAGAAUUAGGCGAUUUUCCGGACGACGAGAAAUUAGCUUGUUACUUCAAAUGCGUAAUGGAAAAAGCAGGAGUGAUGAAGAAGGAUGGCAAAAUUAACUACAAGAUGUUAUCUAAGAUGAUGCCUGCGGCGUUCAGACAUAUCGGAAAUGAAAUGCUUGACGAGUGUCGCAAUAUUGAGGGAAAAGACAAGUGCGAGAAGGCCUAUAGUUUCAAUAAAUGUAUGUACAACGCAAAUCCUGUGGCGUUCUUUGCUGUCUAAUAACACGUAUGCAGAAAGAGCUCAAAUGCCAUUUGUAAAUUGCAUAUAUGUACUGAUCAAAUAAAAUGUCUAUCAUUCGACCUUCA